AUGGCUAUAUAUCGAACCCGUACACAUUUUGAUAUUGAUACAUCGAAAUAUGAACAUGAAUAUAUAAUAAACAAUUAUUCCAAAGUAUUCAGAUAUCUACAUAUAGAAACACCAGACUAUGAAAUACGAAAUGAAGCGUGUAAAUAUAAUUUUAUUAUUGAACCUGGUCGUAGGCAUAUAUUGAUUAAUGUCAUUAUGGAAUUUCCCUUAAUAUUAACUGAAAGACGUUGUUUUGAAGUGGUAGCUGAAUGUUAUAAUGAAAUACGCACAUCACCAUCAGCAGCAAGUAAUUCAACAACGAGUAAUUCAUUAUCGAAUCCAUCAAGAAAAUCAUCGAGAACAAAUGUUACAAGUCAAACAAGUAAACUUAUUUCUCAUGAUGAAAAUCAAAUUGUGUAUUCUCGUGUACCAGAUGAAGUUGAUCUAUAUGACAGUGAUGAAUACAGUGACGAUGGUUUUGUAAAUAAUCGUCGUUAUGUUAAACUUCGUCUUGACUUGGAUGAAGUAUCAUCAAUAAAAAAGUUACGAAUAAAAAUUAAAUGUACUUAUAAUAGAAUUCUAUCCAAUGAAUCAAUUGAACCACAAUUGUAUCCAUCGAUAAAUGAUCAACAAAAUUCAACCGAUAAAAAUGAUCUUUCAUUGCUUGAAUUAUUCCAUACUACAAUUCCAUAUGAUUUAAACAUUGAAAUUGGUACACAUACAUUUCAUGUACAUCGUCAUAUACUUAUCUUGCGUUCGGAUUAUUUUAAAACAUUAUUCGGAAGUCAAUUUAAUGAUUGUACAAAUAAUCAAUUGAAAUUAAGCGAUGACAUUGAUGUAAAUGCCUUCGACAUAUUAAUCAAAUAUUUGUAUACAAACCGUAUUGAACAAGCAAUUCACGAUGAAUUAUUAUUAAUUGAACUAUUUAAACUAUCUGAUCGAUUUCUUAUUGAUUCACUUAAACGUCAAUGUCUCAUAGAAUUAUUAAGAAAUCAUAUUAAUAGAGAUAAUGUUUUUUCAUAUUUAAGUCUAUUAGAUACAUAUGACGGGUGUGAUGAAUUGCGUGAAAAAUGUUUUGGUCUAUUUCAUAAACAUUCAGAUUUAUUGAAAACACCAGCAUUCAAUCAUUUAGAAAAGACGAAUCCAAAAUUAGCUCUACAAAUUUAUGGUUCAUUUUUCUAA